UGACGUCAUUCCUGUGCGACAGGCCUCUCAGUACAGUCAGUGCAGUAGUGCAGAAAAAAAACAAAAAGCUGAAAUGGGUGAGUCGCAGCUUAGGGCCAUUGUAUCAAAGUGUUUAAACAGUAACUCGCUGGCUUGAAUAACGCCGUUUAAGACCCUCGGCACGUCUCUCCUGCAGAGUCACAGUGGCUGCAAGAGCACGGCUUUUACCGAGCGGCGCUGUUAGUUUGAAAGCUAACGUUAGCAGGCAAAUGUUAGCUAGCGGAGCCAGGCCCAGCACAGAGCCGCAUAUCACAGUUGACUACAUUGUUUUUGCCAGCGACGCCAGAUAAACAGCUAGCUAAUGGGGCAGAUGUAAAUGGUGCCAGUUCACUCAUUGCUCUGACAAAUAACAGCAACACAACUAGCAUAAUUAAUCCUGUUCUGUUAGAAGUUUUGACAGUUUUUUUAUUCUCAUAGUUAGCAUAGCCUGUAAACGUUGGCCAACGUUAGCUAACUGAAUUAAAGCUAGAUAACUGCAUUACAAUAAUGACUUCCAGGCGGACAGGCUAUGCUGGCAGCAUGGAUUCCUCUCCCUCAAAUAGCAGCAACAGCUCAGUCCACAGUGGAAAUCGUAAGCAAAGUAUAAUCAACAUUCCCGAAAGGACCGGGGUAGAGUCCUGUUAUGAUCGGAAAGCGGACAAGGCUGCAUACGGAGCUCCGCAGGGCAGCGUGACCGUAACGUCGCUGAAAUCCCGUCUCGCCCCGACCAUCCAAAGUGCCAUGUCCGCCGCUGUUGACACUCUUCUGGGCGAAGUGGUACUUGUGCUCAAUGAGACUCAACAAGAGUUGCUACAUAAGGAACAAGAGAAUGAAAGACUCAAAGUGCGUCUGGAAGUGUCAGAGCGGGAGUUGAAGACUUUACAGGAGUGUCUGUGUAGUGCUCAGAAGCUCAUAGACCAGCUUCAGAUCUCAUACACGGGCUCUCAGUCCGUUUUCGCCCCAUCGUUGUCUUCCAUGGCUUCGAUGACUUCAGGCAUGGACCGGGACCACCAGAACGCCCGGAAUGUAAAUGGAGCCGGUGUUGACAUGGGUCUCGGGGGCUCUGUGGAGGAUUCGCUUCAUGGGUUUGAGCCCAGAGAUGAUUACAAAAUGUGCCAGCUUUCAAUCCAACCAGAUGGCUCUGUGACUAACCAUGCUCUGGAAUCCUUUGCUUCCAACGCAUCUCAUAUGUGCUCAGAUUCCAGCAGACCAGAUGAGAGGCAGUCCCAGGGACCAGGUGGAGCAUCCAGGUUUGAGAUUAAACAAGAGCAGGGUCCCAAUUCAGGCUCUGGCCAGACCAGCAGGAAGGAGCCCGGGAUACGUGAUGACAACAGAGUCGAUGAUGGCGACCUUGGCUACGUUGAAGUCGGAGGGGAGGGAGGUUCCCAGCGUUCCUUUACUCACCCCCUGCGUCACCAAAGACCUGCGCGAGAAUGCGGUGGUGCGUUGCAACAGGGCGGACUGGAUGAACAGAAACAGUUGGCUAGGACUGCUGUAGGCGGGAGAGUAGACAGUGCUUCACCGGGCAGAGCGGAGGACUCUGCAGGACCUUCGGUCUCUGAUACCGUAGGGGAGCCCUCUGGAGAUCGGCCUCACCAUUGCUUGGAGUGUGGAAAGACCUUCCGUCUGAUCUCCAGCUUGAAGAAGCACAUCCGCAUCCACACCGGAGAGAAGCCCUAUCCGUGUGGAGUCUGUGGUCGUCGCUUCCGCGAGUCCGGCGCGCUUAAAACCCACCUGCGCAUACACACAGGUGAGAAGCCGUACUCUUGCUCCGAGUGUGGGAACUGCUUCCGACACCUGGACGGUUUGCGCAAACACAGGCGCACACACACCGGGGAGAAACCGUACGUGUGUGCCAUCUGUGGGAAGCGCCUGAGCCGCCUGCAGCACCUCAAACACCACCAGCUCAUCCACACCGGAGAGAGGCCGUGCUGCUGCCCCUUCUGCAACCGCAGCUUCAAGGAGCCCGCCGCGCUGCGGAAACACAUCCGCACGCACCGGGAGGAAGGCGGUCACAUGGGGGUCGGUGCCAGCGAUGACACGGACCCGGACGCCAUGGAUGACAUUAACAACCUCCACCCAGCAGCUCCAUCCCCUCAGAUGAGGUUUGGGGAGUGGGGAGCAGAGGAGGACGACAGCUCGGUUGUGGACUGUGUGUAGGGCAUGAUUAAAGGAGGAACUGUUUGUUGGUAUUCACACCACAAAACCUCCUCCGGUUAAAAAAGAAAAU